AUGUUUCCACUAGCUUACGAGGACAAGGGACCUGCUGCUGGACCCAAGGAAGAAACUUCUUUCCGCGAUCGUACAACUCGAAUGAAGCAAAAGUGCGACUAUUAUAUCAGCACUAGCUUCGAGCAGAUGACUAAGUGUUGUCCCAAGCCUUCCAAUGAAGAUUUGUGGACAGUUAUGGAGGAGCGAAGGAACAGGCUCAACAACCUGUGCAGCUCACUCGGCAUAGGGCAGGAGGUGACGUCGGGAACUAGACUCAGCGAGCCUCAAGAACGACGCGUGGAAAAAAUGCUAGAGGAUGUCAAAGAAGAUCUCCAUAAAGUGAGAGACAUCUUCUUGAGAAAUCGCAAUAACAGGCGAAUGAUCACCGCCGCUACUCAAGAAGAGGGUCAUGAUUCAGAGUUAUAUCAAUCGCUCCAAAACAUCGGAAGGAAUCUUGGAAUAGAUCUCGAGAAAGACUCCGACCGGUCUUUGUCUCUCAAGGAGAGAGGCGUCACCUUUAGUAAGGAAGGCACACGAGUCUUAGUGAAGGAGUUCAAGGCCUAA